AUGUUCAAUUUGUCACUACAGGAUCAAAAUGUGCGAACAACAUUGCACUUUUAUUCACCCAACACCUAUUAUUCCCAUAAUAUCACUUUAUUGAUACUAUUAGCACAUUUUGAACUGCCUUUGGGACCUUUAUCUAAAUUUUCGAGAAUGUUGAAGUGGUUAGCUAGGAAAUUGGAUCAUCUUGAAAUAUUGAAAAUCAACUCUAAGCUUCUGAAAAAUUAA